UACCUUCCAAGUGUAUCGGCGGAGACUCGUCGGGUUGAAACGGCCGGCGCCAUUACUCUCGACGUAUCCGUACGAACGUGACUGUGUCUGCUUUUCGCUUGUGUUUAUUCAUCGAUCGUGUAAGAACAUCAUUUACUGCGCAGUGUAAGAUUGCAAUAAAGGAGUUGCUGGGUGGCUGAACAAGGUCAUAGAGUUCGCUACGACAUGGGGGCGAGGUCCGGAGAGGUGAUACUUCUCCUGGCAUUAUGUGCGCUUGCGCUCGGCGAGCACGUCAACAAGACCGCUAAGAAGGACAACAAGGACGCCGACAACUACCUGUACCAGUAUGAAGAUUACGAUGCCGCCGACGAUCAAGAGGUCCUCUUCAACGAGGACAGACCCUGCCCCAGAGACUGCAUAUGUACUGUAUCCCAAGGAUACAGAAUAGCAAAGUGCAACCGUCUCGAAAUGGGCACGCAAAAGUUCGGCGAUGACAUCACAGAUCUAGUCAUCGAGAAUGCUGACCCGCGGUUCCCCAUCGAGCUGCCCGACUUCAUCUUCAAGAUGCUCGGUCUGCACCGCGUCGCGACCAUCAAGAUCGUCAACAGUACGAUUGGCUCGGUCGGCCCCAACGCAUUCCAUGACUUGCACGAACUUUAUGCGGUUAACUUGUCCAACAACAAACUUAAGAGUCUACACCCAGAAACUUUCGCACAUAACAAAAAGCUAUUACUGUUGACCUUGGCUAAUAAUCCUCUAAAGUUCCCUGCAGCCGGUUCCAAGGAUUAUUUCUUGAACACAUCUUCUGUGCAGGAGCUCGACGUUUCAUACUGUAACAUGCAAUACAUCACAGAUAACACAUUUAAGUACAUGCCUGGCCUAAUGUAUUUGAACGUAGCUGGCAAUGACUUAUCAGAUAUGGACCCUGAUACAUUCAAGAAACUCUUAGAUUUAGAGGAGCUUGACUUAAGCGAUAACAACAUAAAGACGCUACCUAACGACAUCUUCUCUGAAAACACUGAGCUCGCCACGCUCCACAUUCAACGAAACCCGAUCGACACGGUCUACGGACUACAGAUCUCCGACUUACUUACACUCAACGCCGGGCAGACUAACAUUAAGUUCGUUGGACCAUCUAUGUUCAACGGCAUGACAUAUAUUGCUAAUCUUAAUCUUAGUGGAAACAACAUUGAAAAAAUCCACAAUCAGGCAUUCCACAAACUUGUUGAGCUUAACUACCUUGACCUUUCAUAUAACGACCUAGACUUUAUUUCGAACAUCCUGAUAAAGGAAAACAUUGAAUUGGACAUCUUCAAAAUCUCAAAUAAUCCAAAACUGAAGCAUUUACCAGCCGAAGGGUUCAACUGCUCUGCUGAUCAGUUUAAUAUUUACUUGUUCGAUGCUUCUAAUUGCGGACUUGAAGAAAUCUACGAUGAUUCACUCAAAACAUUCACAGCUCUGUCACAAAUCAAUCUAUCUGGCAAUAAAAUCAAGUCUAUCAGUAACCAGGUCUUCUCGAGAAGCACAAAACUAGUGGAAAUUAACUUGUCUUAUAAUCUAUUAUCAACAUUAGACAUAAAAGUUUUCGAGAAGAAUUCGGAACUCGGUAAACUCAACCUACAAGGCAACCCGCUGAAAGUCUUAUCGGCUGAAAUAUUCGUACAUACUCCUAUACUAACCUGGCUAGAUAUGAGUCACGCCGAGUUAACCUCGUUAUGGAAAACUGACAAGAACCACCCAGCAACACUUCUCAGUAACUUGAGCUUCCUCAAUGUUUCCUACAACCGCAUUAACGAGAUCAAACAAACGGAGCUGGAUAACUUAAACAAACUGCGCAGCCUCGAUAUCAGCAACAACCCGCUCGCGUGCAGUAGAGAAUUUGAGAACCUCAUGACCUGGUUAAGCAAACGUAAGGUAUCACCUAACGCGUACUCUGCUAGUAUUGCCAAUCUUGCUAAGGAUAGUAAAGACGAAGACGCCACUUACAGCUGGGAGUUCCUCACGCGCAAAACUUGUGGCGCUGCCCUGCCUCAUCCCGUCGAGCCUCUACCGUCCGUAUCCGACGAGGAGAUCUGGGAAAGAAUCGACAAGGACGCGGAAGGUAACUUCGAUGUGAAGGACAUCCUCGACGACGGCAAGGUAGCCGAUGACACUAAAGUAACGACUGAAAACAAUAAAGUUAAUGCAGCUAACGAAGACGACGCAGAUGAUGCGGACGAUGAGGAUGAAGACGACGCGGAUGACGCAGACGACGCCGACGAUGAGGAUGACGAGGAUGAGGACGACGACGACGACGCCGCCGAAGACUACGAUGGAGAUGACGAUGUUGAUCUUAAAGUCAAACUUAUCGAGAAACCUAAAAGCAAAGCUGAACCUACACCUAAACCUACUCAAACAGCAACACAAGCGCCAGAGAAGAACCAAGUCAAGAUCGACAUCAAGCUGCUGGAGAACGACAGCUUGUACGACGAGCUGGAGCCAGAAGUGUACAUGGCGUCGUCGGUGAAGGAGGACGAGCACGGCCGCUAUGACUACCUGUGGCCAAUGCUGAUCGCCAUCCUCGGCGCGCUGCUGCUGCUCAUCGUGAUCGCUAAGGUGGUCAUGGUCAUGUGCAGCAGGAGGAACAAGCAGAUCAGAUACAACAGUGCCAUAAUCGCGGCCAUGAGCCACGCGAGCCGCACGAAGAAGGACUGCGGUCUGGUGUACCAGCAGCUGUCGGAGGACCUCACGGGCCCCGCCACACCCAGGCUGAACCGCUACGCGCCGCUGCACAGCGUCAGCGUCAACGCUUCCAACCUCUCCUACGAGAGCAGUCCCUUCCACCACAGCAACAUUGUCCCCGAAGCGGUGUGAGCCAUGGUACAAACCCUAUUGUAAGAGUUAACGAAAUUAACAACUGCCUUAACUCUAGUAAGUGAUAGAUGUAAGCGCUAGUCAGUCGGAUGAAUGCAUAUCUAACACGUUGAACAUUAGUACAGUGCCUUUAUGAUCACUCUCGAACAAUUGCGAAUGUUUUUACACCUAGCGCUUUUUGAUAAUAAAGUAACAAACGGAAGUCAAAUUACAACAAAUUAAUUUAAGAUAUACAUAUUAUAUAUUAUACAAAUUAGUUGAUAGGUUUAUUUUAUGUACUUAAAAUUAUUAAAAAUUAAACUCUACAUAA